UUUUUUUUACGCCCAUUUUUUCUUCGGGAAUUGACGCUUUUCCCGAGUGAUGGUCUGACCCCCAUUCCAAAACGGAAUAUUAUCUAACUGGCAUAAUACAACCCAUGGAAAAACAAGACGUAUAAAUUACGACGUAAGACAGCAGGUGAACUGGUAUCUUUCAUCUUCCUCUUUUUCCCUUAAACUUCCCUUAACCAAUACACAAUACACUAUGGGUGUUAGUUCAAAAGUCGCUGUUAUUGGUGCUGGCUCUGUCGGCGCCACCAUUGCCUAUGCCCUCUUAAUGAGAAAGGUGGCCUCUGAAAUUCUUCUGGUCGAUAUUGUUCCCGAGACUGUUCAUGGACAAGUUCUUGAUCUUAGUGACUCUGCUUUCGUUGGAUCAACUGUCAUUCGUGGUGCUUCCUUUGAGGAGGCCGGUCAAGCUGACGUUAUUGUCAUCACCGCUGGUGCCAAGCAAAAGCCUGAUGAACCACGUACUGAGCUUAUUGCUCGUAACUACAAGAUUUUGGAGAGCGUCAUUGGCUCUAUGCAACCCUUGAACAAGGACGCCAUUCUUAUGGUUGUCGCCAACCCUGUAGAUAUUUUGACUUGCAUUGCACAAAAGCUCUCUGGUCUUCCCAAAAAGCAAGUCUUCGGCUCUGGAACAUAUCUUGACAGUGGCCGUCUUCGCUUGACCCUUUCACAAAUCCUUAAUGUUUCGGAAUUGGCUAUCCAUGCUUAUGUCCUUGGUGAGCAUGGUGAUUCGCAAUUCAUUGCUUGGGACAGUGCCCAUGUUGGAGGAAAGCGCUUACUCGAUAUCCCUGCCAUUCAAAAGUUGGAUCGUGAAAAGAUAGCUAAGGAAGUCGCGGGCAAGGCAUACGAAAUUAUCAAUUUGAAGGGAGCAACAUACUUCGGUAUCGCUGCAUGUGUUUCAUCCUUGACCGAAUGUAUUCUCAUGAACCAACGUCACAUUCGUCCACUCUCCGUCUACAACGAAAAGCUCGGUGCUGUCCUUUCUAUGCCAGCUGUCAUCGGAGCUAAGGGUAUUGAAGAGAUCUUCGAGAUUCCUUUGGCUCCCGAAGAGCAAAAGAAGCUCGAAUCCUCCGCCGCCGCUUUGAAGGAAAUUUGCGCGCAAUACAUGAAGUAAAAUUAUGAUCAUCCGUUGAUAUUGGGAAUCAAUAAGGCUGCUGCUUACAACUAGUUUUUAUAAUGGUU